AUGCCUCCGUGGAACGCUGCAAAGGCCAAGGUCCAGCUCCGGCUAUCCGUCCAGCGCCUGCGCAUCAGUCAGCAGAAGAAAGAAGCUCAGGCCAAGGCUUCACGUCGCGAGAUUGCUGUUCUUCUUGAACGCGGCAAAGUAGAAAGUGCUAGGAUCAAGGUCGAAGCUAUUAUCAACGAAGAUAUACACGUAGAGCUCUUGGAACUUCUGGAGCUUUACUGUGAACUCCUGAUUGCAAGAUUCGGCUUGCUUGAGUUGAACUCCAAAGAACCUGACCCCGGCAUCAGUGAAGGCGUUUGUAGCAUUGUUCAUGCCGCUCAAAGGACGGAGGUAAAAGAGCUGCAUGUACUGCGAGAGAUCUUGAUGCACAAGUAUGGACGCGACUUUUCUUUAGCAGCGAUAGAAAAUCAGAACGGCUGUGUCAGUGAACGGGUCACACGCAAGCUCAUUAUAGAGACACCGUCAACAGAACUGGUAGAUGCCUACCUUGGCGAGAUUGCUAAAGCCUAUGCCGUCAACUGGAGAGCGUCGAGCGGCGGAGGUAGCUCAGGCGAAGACGGUGGCGUUAAGGAAGCAAAAGGUGAUACAACGGCAGAAAGCCAAUCAAAGUCCCCGGAGCCGGACAAAGACGCCAAAGACGGGGAUGAGCCAGCACCCCGGACUCGCACGCCUAAACUGCCCGAUCUUCCUCCAACAGAAGACGAAGCGGAAGGCGGCAAGCCUAACGCUUCUGGUUCUUCAUCAGUGGCUAAGAAGCCAGACCCGCCGCCUUACGAGGAAGAUGACUUUGCAGCCCUCGCUCGUCGGUUCGAGGCUCUCAAGAAGCGGUGAUGGUCGACUCUGCUCCGCUACCCUUGGGCGAACGUCGAUACACCAGCAAAACUGUGGUUGAAAUUUCAACAGAGUCGACGCAUGCCUUCAACAUCAUACUGGAAAUGAGUGGCGAUACCCUCGCGCUCGAUGAUUACCAGUUGUACAUUUAUUUGGCUGUCGUUCAUAGGAUCUCUCAAACGUGAAGUUUGGAAGCUAAAGAUUUGAAGAUUGCG